CACCAGCAAUCACGCACGCGCAUUAGCCCAAUCCUCACAGCGCAUGCGCAUUUAUCCAAUCGUCGCUACGUCUGUCGCUGGAUUUGUGACGCCCCCUUAUAGCUCUGCGAGGACUGCGCUUUCCUGCCAAGUUGCCGGGAAGAAUGGCCAUCACUGCAAGUCACCAGAGAUUCCUUCAGGUUCUGAUGUCUCAUGGGAUAAUGGAAGGUUCUGCUGUAAGGAAAUUACAUAGACAUUGCUGUGAAGUACACAAAGCUCACUACAUGCCCGACAAGCUGGAUGACUUUGUGGCUGUUAUCAACAAUCAUCUACAGCCUUUGUUUAUGCAGAUUAGGAAGGGAACAGAUGAAAAUGACGGGAAAAGAUACUACUCUCUGGUUAAUGUUGCAGAAAGUGACGUCACUAAAAUGGCCAUGGAUUAUGCUGAGAAUGAACUGGAAUUAUUUAGGAAGACGAUGGAUCUUAUAAUAGACUCGGACAACGGGUUUGCCUCUUCAACAAACAUUUUAAACCUUACCGACCAGCUCCAAACCAAGAAAAUGAAGAAAAAAGAGGUGGAACAACUACUCCAAAGUUUUGUGCAAGAAAAGUGGCUGAUUGAGAAAGAUGGAGAGUACAGCCUUCACACUCGUUGUAUUAUGGAAAUGGAACAUUAUAUACAGAGCACAUACCAGGACGUGGUGAAAACAUGCAAUAUCUGCCACAACAUCGCCAUUCAGGGUCAGAUCUGUGAUAACUGUGGCAUCAAGAUCCAUUUGACCUGUGUGGGGAAAUAUUUCAAAGGACAGGAGGAACCACGUUGUCCCCAGUGUGCUGAAGCAUGGUCACACGAAAUACCCAGAUUGUUGCAAACUGAUUCCCAAACUCCUUCCACAUCCCAGAGAAAUACAAGAGCAGGAGAGAGAAGAGUAAACAGCGUAGCAGCAGCCACCAGAUCAAGGCGAUCGUAAUAAGACGGCGUGACCUCAUCUUUUUGUUAUAUUUUGUACAAAGAUUAAUCUGAUUAGUUUGUCAUUUACAUUGUUGAAAUAAAAAACUAAAAAAAAAAUAUAUAUAUAUAUAUUUGAGUCAUCCCAAAAUUAACAGUUAUAACUUAUCCACAGGGUGUUAUCAUGAGAACAGCUGUCUUAGGAAGUCCCAUAGGGAGGUGGCCUAGCAUUCACACUGCUCUCCCAUUGACUCAUGGGACAAUUGUUCUCAGUCUUUCCUGUAUGCCGGUGUUUCCCAACAGGGUGCCUCCAGCUUUUGCAAAACUACAACUCCCAUCAUGCCCGGAUAGCUUUUGUCAGAAAUUAUAGUAACUUGAGGCCAUUGUAAGUUGUGGGACCACUGUAUAAACAAGAGUUGUAGUGAAAGAAACCAGAGAUUCUUACAUCGUAGCUCACUUUCUGAGACCAGUGACAUUGUAAGACAAUUAUUUUAUUACAAAAAUAAACAUCAAUUUUCAACACUGCUGUAGAUUUUACAGCCACUGUUCA